CCCCCUCGGCCCACUCUGUCGCCCCCACCCCUCCUUCCUCCCCUCGGCCAGGCGGCCUGGCGAUCUGGGCACUGCGGUCUUGGCGCGCGAGACGCGGGGCGCGAGGCCAGACCUGGCGCGGCGGGGUGUGGGGGGCGGGCAGCUGCGGAUCCCCUAGAGAAGACCAGGGACAGGCAGGGGGGUGCCGAGAGAGGUGAGACCCUGGAGCUGAGGGAGCAUCAUGGCAGGCCUUAGUACAGCUCUCUCUUCAGUGUUUCUGGAGGCCAAGGAUGCCCAUUCGGUCCUGAAACGAUUCCCUCGUGCCAAUGAGUUCCUGGAGGAGCUACGCCAGGGCACCAUUGAGCGAGAGUGCAUGGAGGAGAUCUGCAGCUACGAGGAGGUCAAAGAAGUGUUUGAGAACAAAGAGAAAACGAUGGAGUUCUGGAAGGGGUACCCAAAUGCAGUCUACUCAGUCCGAGACCCCUCACAGAGCUCAGAUGCCAUGUACGUGGUAGUACCUCUUCUGGGGGUGGCAUUGCUGAUUGUCAUCGCCUUGUUCAUCAUCUGGAGGUGCCAGCUGCAGAAAGCGACCCGUCACCACCCCUCCUAUGCUCAGAACCGGUACCUAGCCAGUCGUGCUGGGCACAGCCUCCCCCGGGUCAUGGUGUACCGGGGUACUGUACACAGCCAAGGGGAGCCUUCUGGGCACCGAGAGGCAGGGGGCAGCCCCCAGGUGGUGCUGGGGCCCAGUCGGGGGGGCAGGACCACAGUCCGGCUUGAGAGCACCCUCUACCUCCCUGAGCUCUCUCUCUCCAGACUGUCCAGUGCCACCCCUCCCCCCUCCUAUGAGGAGGUAACUGCGCCCCAAGACAGCAGCAGUGAGGAGGCCAGCGUGUCUUACAGCGACCCGCCCCCAAAGUACGAGGAGAUAGUGGCCACCAACCCUGGCGCUGACAAAUAGUGGGACGUUUGUGCCCUGUCCUGGAUGAACGCCUCUUUCUGAGGUCUCCUAUUUUCUUUUUAACUUUUUAAAGACUGUGCCACCACAAAACAGCCUUAGCCUCCUCGUUGCCAAAUAAUUCCCUAAUCGUGAAGUUUAGGAAGUCAGUUGUCAGAGACAGGUGCGGAGGGGGAGUAGGAACCAUGCAUGAGUCAAAGUCCCCGGGAAGAGCCAAAGGCCAAAGUGCCCAACUCUUUGGGAUGCCCCCCAAGCCUCCAGCAUACUGUCUUCCCAUCAGGAACUGGCUUCUCUUAUGCCAAAGGAAUCACCUCGUUGAGUUGAUUGUGGCCAGAAUGUUCACAGGCCCAGCCUGGGGGCUGUGAGGCUGGCUGAAAGCCUGUCUAUGUCUGGAGCUCUGGGCCACAGAGGUAAGGGAGGGAAGCCAGCCUUUCAGUACCCCUUUCCAUCCACAGUUCUGUGUUUUCUGUCCUUGCUUACAUUUGGAGGACAGGGACAAGGACUGAGUGAAAACAAAUUGAAAAAAAUCAUGACAAAUAAAUAAGGAACGCAAUAG